AGCAGACCAAAACAACCAGUUCAAGUUUCAAAUAUGCUUUCAUACAUUUUUCUCGGCUUAGUUGUCUUGUAUGGCAUCCAUCGCCUCUUACAGGUUGGAUCAAGACCUAAAGGUCUCCCUCCAGGCCCACCGACAGAACCAGUAUUUGGGAACCUUCGCCAGAUGCCGGUAUCUUUCCAAUGGGAGAUUUUCAACAAAUGGGGCAAGAAGUAUGGGGGUGUCUUCUCAUUCAUGAAAGGAUCCAGGCCUUUUGUCGUUGUGAAUGACCCAGAAGCAGCACGCGAACUGUUCGUCAAGCUGAGUCAGAGCAGUUCAGGGCGAAUGAACACUCACACAGAGCUUGCUAUAAGAGCAGGUAAUAACUAUGGCAUGACCGACGGCCCAAUGUGGCGAGUUGCUCGCCGGCAGUGGCACACUAUGCUCAAUGUGACUGCUGCUAAGAAGUUCCUCCCGUACCAGACUCUGGAAGUAACGAAACUUCUAUGUGAGAUUCUGGAAUCUCCAAAAGACGUUUUGAAACAUAUCCCGAGGUACAGCAAUUCUGUCUCGCUGAGCAUGACUGAAGGAUACCGGGUGGCGAGCUCGAAUGAUCCUAUUGUGGCAAAGACUCUUGCCGAAUUCGAUGGUUUUGCACUGUACCUGCAGAAGGCUGACUGGGCAAACUUCUUCCAUUUUCUUUGGAAGCUGCCCAAUUAUCUGUCGCCCCCUAAAAAGCAAGGAUGGGACGUUUACAAGAGUUACAUCGAAACCAACUGGGAGCGUUUUCUGAAAGCAAAGGCCUCGGACCUUCCAUCGUUUUAUCAAGUCAUUGGCCAAGCACAGCAAACGCUUGGAAUCAAUGAUGAACAGGCACUCCCAAUAGGUGAAGCCUUGCUUCUUGCAGGCACCGAAACCACAGCAACCUCAAUCCGUGCUUGGGUGGCAGCUAUGGCAUUGUUCCCUGAGAAGCAACGUAAAGCUCAAGAAGAAAUCGACCGUGUGAUUGGUCAAGAUCGCCGGCCAGGCGAUGCAGAUGCUGCCAACCUAGUCUAUGUCAGACAGAUGGUUCAAGAAUUACAUCGCUGGGCUACUGUCGCGCCCCUUGGCAUUACGCACGCAGCGUCCAAGCCGAUCGAGUGGCGUGGGUACACGAUCCCUCAGGGCACCGGCUUGAUCCACAACACGAUGGCGAUUCACUUCAACGAAGAGAGGUAUCCCGAGCCCCAGAAAUUCAUUCCUGAGCGAUGGGAAGGUAAACUCGAGAUGGCGGCGGAGAAUUCAGUCGGUGCUAGCUCGGAACUUUUCACCUUUGGAGCCGGUCGCCGUAUUUGUCCUGGACAGCAUCUCGCCGAACGCAGCAUCUACCUUGUUGUUUCGAACAUGCUCUGGGCGUUCCAGAUAUCUCAAGCAGUCGAUGCACAUGGAAACAAGAAGCCUAUAAACACAGACAAGUCGAAGCCGGGAAUUGCUAGGGCGUUUCCCGAUUUUGAAGUAUCGAUCACGCCACGCAGCGAGGAGAGAGCAAGGAUUAUUAAGGAGGACUGGUCGCAGAUGAGAGAGGAAUUCUUGAAUGAAGACGAGCAAUGGAGGAAGACUCCAGUAGGCUUUGAGGAGAUUGUGCAAAAAGCAAAAGCACAGUCGCAUAAAUAGAAUACUACAUAGUGUUGACAACUAACCUUUCAUCACUAGAUACUUGUACGCUAUUCUCAAAGACUUUAUCUAAGUCUUGGCUUAGACCUGUAUUUUAUUGUAGCAACUUAGAAAGAAAACCCCGCCUCAGGAGUAAAGGAAUUCGCUAUCUGAUAGUAUUUAGCCAAUUAACUCUUCUACACGCA